CACCCUCAAUUCUCAAACCCUAGCUAGCUAUUUCAAGAACAUGGCUGGAAUACUAGUUGACGUUCUGCUGGAGCGUUUGGCUACGAUCACCCUUGACAAGGUCGGAGGAGAGUUCAAACUGGUCACUGGUGUUGAGAAAAAAGUCAAGAGCCUCACCCGCAAUCUCGAAGCUAUUCAAGCUGUGCUCGAGGAUGCAGAGCAGAGACAAGUCACCGAGGCCACCGUGAGACGUUGGCUGAGUGAACUGACUGAAGUUUCCUUCGACAUGGAUGACGUGUUGGAUGAGUGGAUAACUGAAGUACUUCUAAAGCAACAAAUGGAGAAACAAGAAAAACAAGGUGAAAAUGCUCUUAUUGUUACUACUAAGAAGAAGGUAUGCUUCCCCUUCCUUUCCUCUUGCUUUUGUUUCGGCCAAGUCAAUCAGUUAAUGCUUCGUCAUGAUAUUGCUGUGAGAAUAAAAGACCUAAAUGAAAGAGUAGCUUCGAUUGCUAAAGAAAAACAAGAUUUUAGCUUUCAAAACAUCACAAGGGUCUCCGAAUUACCUGAACGACAAAAAACUACUUCUCUUCCUAAUGUUAAAACAUUCGGUCGAGAGAAAGAGAAAAACCUCAUAGUUGGCAAGUUGAUAAGUGAGAAUAGUCCAGAAAAUGAGGUUCCUCUUGUCAUCCCUAUUGUAGGGAUGGGGGGAAUGGGGAAAACAACUCUUGCUCAAUUAGUCUAUAAUGACGAAAUUGUCCAAUCGCAUUUUGACAAGAGAAUAUGGGUCUGUGUCUCGGACCCUUUUGAAGAAAUCAAGAUUUCUAAAGCUAUCAUAGAAGGUCUAGGUACCUCAAAAGAUUCAAAUGAGUUGCAAAUUUUGAUGCAAUGUAUAGUUGAAUUGAUUAAGGGUAAAAAGUUUCUUCUUGUGUUAGAUGAUGUUUGGAGCCCAAAGUUAAGUCAAUGGGAAGAAUUAAUCAAGCCUUUACGUAAUGGUGCUACGGGCAGUAGGGUAUUAGUGACCACUCGAAAGGAGGAGGUUGCUACUUUAAUGAAAGCAAAAACUCAAAUGAUCCCUUUGAAGGAGUUGGGUGAAGCAUUUUGUUUGUCAUUGUUCUAUUACAAUGCAGACAUGGAUGAGAGUAGUGUGUCUAAAGAGUUUAAAGAUAUUGGAUUAGUGAUUGUGAAAAGGUGCAAUGGGUUGCCUCUUGCUGCAAAGACGUUAGGUAGCCUCAUGCGCAAUAAGAAAAAGAUUCAUGAAUGGCAAGCUGUUUUAAAUAGUAAGACAUGGGAAUUGAAAGAGAUUCAACAAGAUGUUUUUCGACCACUACUACUAAGUUAUCAUGAUUUGACUCCAGCAACCAAACGUUGUCUUUUGUAUUGUGUUACAUUUCCAAAAGAUUAUGUGUACGAUAGAAAUCAUUUGAUUGAGUUGUGGAUGUCACAAGAUUAUUUGAAUGCUAAAGGAAGUAUAGAAAAGAGAACAGUAGUUGGUCAAAAUUAUUUUGAUGUCUUAGUAAUGCGGUCAUUCUUUCAAGAUGUUGAGGUAGAUGAUGAGAAUAUUGGAAACAUAGCAUGCAAAAUUCAUGAUAUUGUACAUGACUUUCUACAAUAUUUGACAGAAAAUGAAUGUUUGAUUUUGGAUGCUAGUGAGAGAAGGGAUGUGUCAACGGAUAAAGUUCAUCAUUUGACCUUAGUGCAUGCAACCGAGAGUGAUUCUUUGAAAUCUUUUCUCCCUAGUUAUAAAAAAUUACGUACCUUGAUAUCUAUAGAUUCAUCCAUUGGCCCAAUAUGUGAGUUGAUAGUACAAUUGAAAUGCCUUAGGACAUUAAACUUGAGUCGUCGGGGGUGGUAUAGUGGUCUCGAAGAAAUUCCCGAGACGAUAGGUGGAUUGAUACAUUUGAGGUAUCUUGAUUUAUCCGGUAAUGAAGACUUGAAAGAACUACCCAGAGCCAUGGGCAGCUUAUACAACCUGCAAACCUUGCGACUUGUUGGUUGCUGUGGACUCAAAAAAGUAGAUGUGCGAAGGCUGAUUAACUUGAGGCAUCUUUAUGUUGAACUCUGUGGUAGUCUAAAUCUAACAGGGAUUGAGAAAUUAACAGAUCUGCAAAGGCUAGAUUGGUUUGUUGUCGGAGAUGGUGAUGAAGGAAACAAGUUGGAAGAUCUGAAAGACUUGAACCAGCUUCAAGGGAGUCUUUCUAUUAUGAUUUGGGGGCAUCCAAAUAUGGCGGAGAAUGCAGCAGCAAUUAUGGUGAAUAAGGCUCACCUCCUGCAAUUGAGCCUAGAAUUCAACCCAGCUGAUGAAGGAGAGAUUAUGAAUGGCUUAAAGCCGCAUCCAGCUUGA